AUGCGUAAUAUUGGUAUUCAGGAUAGUGUAGAUACGAAAGAGAAGCCGUUUCAAUGCUCUCAGUGCCCUAAAGCAUUUACAAGAAAAGAUUUGCUCUCGAGGCACGACCGUCUUGCCCACCUUUCGGGGAAUGCAUCACAGUCCUCGUCCUCCAUUACAAUUCCAGCAACUCGAUCUCCUCAACAGUCUUUAAAAUCCACCAAUAUUUUACCGGAUCUUACGGCAGAUCACUCAAGCAGACAUCAGGAAUCCGACCAUAUUACCCAGACCAGUAGUAUAGGUCAGCCUCUAGAUUUUGCAAUUAGAGAUAACACUGUCGAUUGCUUCACCCUUAGUUCCAUAGAUGAUUUUACAUCUUUUAUGGAUAGCGUCUCUGUUCCCACGCAUCCAUUCUCUCCGACUUAUCAGCCGGUACCAUUCUUUUUUCCAGUAUCUGAUCCAUCCUCUAUCAAUGCUUCGAACGAAGACUCAACAAACAAUGUUACAUGGCGAAAUGAAACACCAAGACAACGAGUUCCACGACUUGCCACUUCCUUGGCACCAAUUGCAAAAGAUGAUGAUUCUUCUCUUUCUCAAACUGGAUUCAGGAUUCCUCCACUGCAGCCUGAGUAUGAGUUGACCAAUCCAAACCAACAAGAUCGACAAGGUCUGCUACAUAUGCAUAUAUCCACGGAAUGUCGGCAACGGAUCAUCAAUGAUUUAGAAGGAUUUUCCGAUUAUAUCGACAAAGACUUCGAUUUACCAUCUCGGCAUGUAUUAUCAAGGUUCUUUGGAGGAUAUUUCGAUACUUUCCAUGACCAUUUCCCGUUCCUUCAUAUUCCAACUCUUCGACCGGAAAACAUUAGUGUCGAGCUGUUUCUUGCCAUGGCGGCGAUUGGAGCUCGCUAUACACACGAGUUAGAAAUGAGUGGCGUCUUAUUUCAGAUGACAAAAGUCUUGGUAUUCCAGUGUAUUCGAAGACACAGAGCCACACAUCCUAUCGCUACCCACGGGCUUCCACUUGGCAAGCUGGCUACAUCAAGCGAGCGGGUAGGACAAUCUUCGCAUCAACAGGGGGCUAAUUUAUCUAAAGACAGUCAACAAAGCGUUAUUCAGACGGUGCAGGCGAUGCUUUUGUUAGUCGCAAUUACUACUUGGUCGGAGCCUGGUACUGCAUCUGACGCCUUGUCGAUGCGCAGCAUGCUAGACUGUCUUAUCAGAGAAGAGGAAGCACUUCGCAUUCCUCAGACGCGACAUGUUGAUGAUUGGAAAACCUGGGUUUACCAUGAGAACAUUAAGCGAAUCAUUUAUGUUGCGUAUUGCUUCAUCAAUAUGCAUACUAUAGUUUUCGACAUACCCCCUUUGAUGUGGGCAAAGGACAUUAAUUUUGACCUUCCAUGCCGUGAGAAAGAGUGGAGGGCCAGGGACGAGGCGGAGUGGAAGCAAACUCGCGAUACUGGUGGACAACCGGCUCGAAACUUCCAAGAGACCUUUGCGAGUCUUUUCGUUAAUGCAGGCGAGAUGGAGGAAAAGUCAAAGACGAGCCAGACAAGCUUCUCGUCUUUCGGAGGAUGUGUCUUGAUGCAUGCCUUAAUCCAGCAGAUCUGGCUGACGAGAAACUCUGGAUUACCUUCUCAGCAACUAGAGCACAGCCUUCCAACGGAGCAGAUUGGUGCAUUCGAGAAUGCAUUGAGAACUUGGGCAAUGUAUUGGGAACAGAAUCAAGAAUCCUCCAUGGAUCCUUUGAGCCCUCACGGCCCUAUUGCAUUCACAUCUACGGCUCUUAUGCGGCUAGCCUACAUACGCCUUAACAUGAAUCUCGGACCAAUACGCUGUCUAAGUAGCUGGGAUCCUCAUUUGAUCGCUCAAUCGCUUCACGCGAGCCCCCCAGUCCAACGCAGCGAAAGACUCACUCGGGCUGCUCUCCAUUGCGCACAUGCACUGAGUAUUCCUGUCAAAUUGGGCAUAAACCAUAUCGCUGAAACGCAAGUCAGAUUUUGGUCAAAUCAACAUGCCCUAUGUUCUUUAGAGUGUGCUUUGUUGCUCGCAAAGUGGCUCGAAUCUGUUACAGCAAAAAACCCUAAUCCUCCAUUGACGCAAGCAGAGGAGCGACUCUUGGACUUUGUAGUCCACCUUGUAGCUGAAGCAGCAUACAAAGUUCGAUGCGAGAAAAUAUGGGAAAGAAAAAAGUCUCUCAAUGUGCAGACUGUUCGACUCUGGGCGAGGCUGUAUCAAUCCAAAACUGUAUGGGAAGUGGUGGGCUUGAUUGGAGCAUCAUUGAACAUAUAUGCAGACAUACUGGAGGAGAAGUGCUCAUCAGAGGGAAUUGAGGGAUAA